GGUGUUUAACAAAGGACCAAAGUGAAAAACUAAAGGUGCAUUUAUUUAUUUAUUUAAGAGAUAAAUAAGAAGAAAGAAUUAGGUCAGAUAUAUGAAAAAGAAGAAUGUAAAAGAGGGGUUAUUUAGAAAUUGGAAUUUGAGAAGCCGCAUAGGUUGUUUGUUUAAAGAAGAAUAUAUAAUGCUCCAUUUACGUGCAUGCUGCUGUCAAUUUCCCUCAGUUACAAAGGGAGUUGAAUUUUCAAAUGGUAGAAUUAUUCCCAAAUGGAACUUGUGUUUUCCAAGGCAGAAAUGGAGUGUAUCAAAAAGGUACAUAAUUGCAGCCUCAUCACCACAAUGCUGUGAAAUGGAAAUGGAUGGUUUAUGGACGACGCAACUCAAUGCGCUCUAUCAAUUUUCUCGCCCACACACUAUAUUUGGAACUAUUAUAGGGAUCACUUCCGUCUCUACUCUACCAAUCAAAUCCUUAGCAGAUAUUUCUCCCAUAUUUUUUCUCGGACUAUUAAAGGCAUUAAUUCCAUCACUGUUAAUGAACGUUUAUGUGGUUGGGUUAAAUCAACUGUUUGAUGUCGAAAUAGACAAGGUGAACAAACCAAGUCUGCCACUGGCUUCUGGAGAAAUUUCAAUGAAACGAGGCAUCGCAAUAGUUAUCACCUCCCUACUCAUGAGUUUUGGUAUGGGAAUUAAGUUUCAAUCUCCACCAUUAUUAGCUGCUCUCAUUGUUAGCUUUCUUCUUGGAAGUGCAUAUUCUGUAGAGUUGCCUUUUCUUAGAUGGAAAAGAAAUGCAGCCCUGGCUGCAGUAUGCAUCAUGGUUGUGAGGGCUAUCAUUGUUCAGUUUGCUUUUUUCGCACAUAUACAGAAAUAUGUGCUGGUGAGGCCUAUUCUCUAUACAAGAUCUCUGUUUUUUGCUGUCACAUUUAUGUGCAUCUUCACUGCUGUCAUUGCCCUGUUUAAGGACAUCCCUGACGUCAACGGUGAUAGAAAUUUUGGCAUCCAAUCUUUAAGUGUCAGCCUUGGACAAGAACAAGUGUUUUGGUUAUGUAUAAGCAUGCUUGUAGCUGCAUAUGCAGCUGCUAUGGUGAUUGGAGCUACUGCUACUACUCUUUCCAACAAGCUUGUCACUGUUUUGGGGCAUUUCUUACUUGCUUGUUUUCUAUUAUUUAAAGCUCAUGAACACGUAUUGCAGGUUUUGGGGCAUUUCUUACUUGCUUGUUUUCUAUUAUUUAAAGCUCAAUCGGUCGAUAUAUCAAGUCAAGUAUCAAUAACAUCUUUUUAUAUGUUUAUAUGGAAGCUUUUCUAUGCAGAAUACCUUCUGAUUCCGUUUGUUCGUUAAGGUGGCAGAUUUAAAAUGCAUGGGUGAUUAAAAGUUCUUGGAAUUGCUAGGGAAAUGUAACUCAAUUAGAAUGUGAUUUGCUUUAUCAAAUUUUUGUCUUAAUUUUCCGAAAUUUAGUAAAGACUCAAGCGUGUACAAAUACAGUUGUUCCUCGCGUCAUCCUAGUCUUAGGCUAGAGUUACAUUUCCCUUUUUUUUUGUUUUGACUAGUUUUGAGAUACGUGUGAGACACCGGAAUAUCAAAUCAUGUGCUAUCCUAUUUUUAAAUAAUAAUGGAAAUUCAAAAAUAAUUCUCCAUUGAAGUCUCACAUGGAAGAUGAA